GUCCCAAUAACAAUUUCUACAUCAGCCGAGCCGGAUAAAGUACGUGAAAGAAUGUUGCUGAAGGACCGUGAGCAGGAAGUUAUUAUUGAUGGCGUUGAGCCGAACCACUGGAUUAAGCUGAAUGUUGGGACAACUGGAUUUUAUCGUGUCAUGUAUGCAGAUGAUAUGCUUCAUAAACUUUUGGCCAGUUUCAAGUUCAAGAAAAUUCCCGUACUGGAUCGUUUCGGCAUCGCAAAUGACAUGUUCGCACUGGUCAAAUCAGGACAGGUAUCGGCGAAAAAAUUCCUAUCAGUGCUUGAAUCCUCCUCCAAGGAAGAUGAUUACAUAGUCUGGGAUACGCUUGAUGCAGGCAUUUCGUCAUUGUCGAACAUCUUGUCGCACUACGAUCUUUUCGUACGCGCGAAAUUCAACAGAUUUGUGGUGAAAAUUUUGGCACCACUGGCUUUUCGCUUGGGUUGGGAAGCAAAACCAAAUGAGGAUUCGCACACCGCACUGCUACGAGCUUUGGUUCUUGGUCGACUGGGCCGCUGUGAUCACGGGGAAACAAUCGAACGGGCGAGAGGAAUAUUUCUGGAACAUCUUGAAAAAAAAACUGAACUUCAUCCAGAUUUACGACUUGCCAUUUAUGGAAUAGUCGGGAGACACUUUGGCAAGCAAGGAUUUGAGGAAUUGAAGCAUAUAUAUGAAACAGCUGGAUUCGGCGAAAUAGAACGAAACUGUAUUGUAGCGAUGUCACAGACAGCGGAUCCGGAAUUACUGAAGACUGUUUUUAAAUACGGCAUCAAAGAUGUAACCUUUACCAUUCGAUGUUUUUAUUACAUACAUUUGUUACUACUAAUAAUUUAG